UUAUGUAUAGUAUACAAACCUGAUCUGUAUACAGACGCGCGUUUUUGAGAGGGAAUUUUUUGAAGCAGGUGUUUUUGAAGGUGGCACUGUACACAUGCGUCCAAAGUAACGCGGUUUGAAUCAAUACAAUCAAAGGUAAACCAGAAAUUUGUUGUUUAAGGUGAACCUCUGUGUUGUUGUUUUAUAAAAAUGGUUUAAUAACUGUGAUAAUGACGACCUGGAUUUUAUAUUUAUUUUUGUGUAUUUUGUGUUUUCUCUUGACGCUUUAUUUGGUUUUGGAGUUGCACUAUUUUAUCAGGUCGUUUUGGUGCAUUUUAUUCGCAAAAAUAGUGAGGAAGAAAGUUCAUAUUUUAGAAGAAACUAAGAUCAGAGGAAUAUGUAUACCAACUGAUAUAGACACUCUUUUAACUCAUAUGAACAACGCGAGGUUUAUGAGAGAACUGGACUUCGCGAAAUUGGACUUCUACCAAAGAACUGGACUUUGGCAAUGCAUUAGAAAAAAUAAUGGAGGACUAGCUGUGGCAGCGACUACUAUAAGAUAUAGACGUUUUAUUAAACUAUUUACAAGAUAUUAUAUCACCACAAAAGUCAUAUAUUGGGACGAUAAAAGCAUUUAUAUGGAGCACAAAUUUAUUUCCUACUUCGAUAAAUUUAUUAACGCCAUAGCUUUUUGCAAAGUCAGAAUUAUAGACUGCGAUAGCGAGAACAUUUUAACUCAAUUGAUGAGUACAAAUAUUCCUGAAAACCCGACAAAAGAAAAACCCGAUAUACCGCCCGAUUUGAAGAAAUGGAUCGAAUAUAUCGAACUAUCUAGCGCACAUUUAAGAACACAGCCUGUUGCCGUUGAGUGAAGAGUACAUACUUAUAAUAGGUAUAAGGUAUUAUUUUCAAUCAAGGCUAUUACUGUGUAAUUUAUUUAUUGAUGUACAAAAUUUUAUUUAUUUUACUUGAAUAACGACAAUACUAUACGAUUUGACUGAUAUAACAUCAUGCUGUAGCGUUAUUAAAUGUAAAUAAAUGUAUGAAUAUAAACAGAGAGC